UUGUGGAUGAGAAUGUUAGUGCUGGGACUUUAGUGACCACCAUUGCUGCUACGGAUGCUGACCAAGCUGGUACCACAGACUCUACAAUAACCUACAGCAUAGAUACAGCAACAACUAUGUUUUCUAUAGACUCCAGUGCAGGUAAUGUAGCGGUCAUUGGCGCACUUGACCGGGAGAUAACAGAGACCUACACACUGACCAUCUCUGCCUACUCCUCCACACUGACCGCUAGUAAGAUCACCGGGACUCUGACCAUCACUGUCAAUGACCUCAAUGAUAAUAGUCCCGUCUUCACACAGGUUAUCUAUACUCCUGCCACAUCUAUAGCGGAGGACAUCACAACCAACACUGCCAUCCUGACAGUAACUGCUGCAGAUGCAGACAAACUGACCAAUGGUCAAGUCACUUACUCCAUCAGCA